GAAAAUGGACGAUGAGGGCAAUCACUUUUGCAUGAUGGUCUACUGGAACAAUGAAAACAAUCGUACAAAAAUAUUGGUCCUGGCUCUCCAGAUCUGCAUGGGCUUCUGCAUCCCUCUCAUAGUAAUGAUCUUCUGCUAUGCCAACAUCAUCCGCACCUUGCUCAAGACGAGGAACUUUGUGAAGCACAAGGCCCUGCGGGUCAUCCUGAUGGUUGUGGCCGUGUUUGUUGUCUCUCAGCUUCCGUACAACGGCAUGUUGGUCUUCGAAGCCACUCAGGCAGCCAAUAUGACCAUCACAAACUGCGAAGAGGUCAAGCGCUUUGACAUCGCCGCCCAAGUUAUGAAGAGUCUUGCUUACAUGCACAGCUGCCUAAAUCCGUUCCUUUAUGUCUUCGUUGGAGUGCGUUUCCGAAAAGAUGUGAUUCGAAUUUUCCAUAGCCUUGGCUGUCUUCCAACCCUCAAGAGCCCCAAGAUGCCACGGCCCUCUAUUAUGUCAGACACAGAGACCACCAAUGCACUCUCAUUGUGAUCAGUGUCAGAACACUGUCAGUGAAGUUCGCUUAGCAAAAGCUUCUGUUUUGCUGCAGGUGCUUAGCAUCUGAGUUUCAAAGCAGAAGUCUGAGGUUCCAUAAGAGCAUGCUUGAAAACAUGCUGUCUGGCAGAGGGUGAAGUAACCUGCUCACCACAAUGAGAUGAAUGCAGCCUUGAAUAUUGCAUAACAAGAGUUCUCUUUGUUUGACUGGGCCAUUAAUAUGAAUGUCAAAUCCACAAACAGUGCUGUGGCAGGGAAAGUGCAAGGUUACUGUUUUGUCCAUUUAACUGUAACAUUAUUUUCCAUCUCUUGUUCAGCAUUAAUAUCUAAAUGUUGUAUAGCAACAUGAUUUGUCGUGUACGAGCACUGAAUUUCUUCUAAAAGUAUUUUUUUCCCCAAAAAUUAUUAAUGUUUAUAAAUGUUAUUAUAUUAUGAUGUUUUUGUCUUUUUGUUGCUGUAAAAGUAUAACUGUGAAUGUUUUUAUUCAUGGUUUAAAGCCAGUUGUGUACAUUAAGGGUAUUUGUGUCUAUGUUUUGU